GCAUGACUGUGUCAUACACUCUUGAGGUGGCUAACGUGAGGUUUGGAGGCUUCUCCAAGCUUUUGUUCAGGUGGAAGGGCAGCAUAUACAAGCUGCUCUACAAGGAGUUUCUCCUCUUCUGCGGGGUCUACGUCUUUUUCAGUGUUCUUUACAGGUUGAUGUUGACACCCAAGCAGCAGGAUGUGUUUGAGCGUUUCGUCCUUUACUGUGACCAGUUCACCAACACCAGCUUCAUCCCUGUUCUCUUUGUUCUCGGAUUUUACGUAACAUUGGCGUUUAAUCGUUGGUGGGGUCAAUACACCAGCUUCCCGCUGCCCGACAACCUCAUGAUGGUGGUCUCUGGGAACGUCCACGGAGCCGACGACAGGGGUCGCCUGUUGAGGCGCACUCUCAUGCGAUACGCCAAUCUGUCAUCAGUGCUGAUCCUGCGCUCCAUCAGCACCAGAGUUCGCAAGCGCUUCCCCACGCUGGAGCACGUGGUGGAGGCUGGCUUCAUGACAUCACACGAGCUGAAGAUUUUGGAGUCGCUGCAUUCGGACUUCAACAAGUACUGGAUGCCGCUAACCUGGUUCUCCAAUCUGGCGUCCAGAGCGAGAGAAGAGGCCCGCGUGAGGGACGACAUCGCUUUGAGACUCCUCAUGGAUGAGCUGAAUAACUAUCGGGCCAAAUGCAGUCUCUUGUUCCACUAUGACUGGAUCAGCAUCCCUCUGGUCUACACACAGGUGGUGACGUUAGCGGUCUACUCCUUCUUCGCCUUUUGCGUCGUCGGACGUCAGUUCCUGAACCCAGAAAAAGGCUACAAGGAACACAAGCUUGACCUUUAUGUGCCCAUCUUCACGCUGCUGCAGUUCUUCUUCUAUGUUGGAUGGCUCAAGGUGGGAGAGUUGAUCAUCAACCCGUUUGGCGAGGAUGAUGAUGACUUUGAGACCAACCAGCUGAUUGACAGAAAUAUUCAGGUGUCCAUGCUGGCUGUGGAUGACAUGUACCAGAACUUGGCACCACUGGAGAAAGACAAGCACUGGUCCCAAAAACAUUUCUCCAUCCCUUACACUACGUCCACUGCAGCAGACCGCCUGAGACCUGCUUUCAAAGGCUCCACCUUUGAUAUGAGGAUGAGCCUGGAGGAUGUAGAGCUGGAGCAGCCUGAUACUUUCCCUCGACGGGGCUCCUCACUGGAGGAUAAAGACUGCCUCCGGCUGGGGCACAACCUUCCAUCGCUAAUGAAUGUGUCGACACAUAACUUUAUGGAGGAUGAGCAAGAUGGUUGA